AUGGCCGACCAAGCUUCUAUCUCGGAAUCGUCCGAUACCCCAAUUGAAAAGCGAGUAUGGUAUCGCGGAACACUCUUCAAUGCCUGUGUUAUCGGAGGUGUCGGAUUCACGGCCCCGGGCUUGUGGAAUGCGAUGAAUGCCUUGGGUGCUGGUGGCGCGCAGGAACCUUUCUUGAUUAAUGCCGCCAAUGCGCUUGUUUUUGGUCUCAUGGGAAUUUUGUGUCUCUUCGGUGGCCCCAUCGCCAACCGGAUUGGCUUGAGAUGGACUCUGAUGCUCGGCGCUGUGGGAUAUCCGUUGUAUUCCGCCGCCUUAUACACAAAUAACCGUUUUGGAAAUGUAUGGUUUGUGCUGGUUGGAUCAGUAUUCUGUGGUUUAUCCGCCGGUCUCUUCUGGGCCUCGGAGGGUGCUGUGGCAUUGGGUUAUCCCGAGCCUACAAAGCGAGGCAGAUAUAUGAACAUCUGGCUUUGGUUCCGUACAGGUGGCCCGUUGGUGGGAGGUGCUAUUGUCCUUGGCCUCAACCAUGCUGGCGACGCCCAUGCCAAAGGAAAGGUUGGAUCUGAGACAUAUCUGAUCUUCAUCGCGCUGCAAUGUACUGCCGUGCCUAUAGCGUUCUUCCUCACGUCACCCGACAAGGUCCAACGAACCGAUGGAAGCAAAGUCAGGAUUAUCCUGCAGGACUCCUGGCGUGCUGAAAUGAAAGAGCUCUGGAAGGUCUGCCAGCGGAGAGAGAUUCUCUUGCUAUUGCCUGUUUUCUGGGCUGCAUACUUCAAUAUGUACACCGGAAAUUUCAAAACGUACUACUUUGGCGUGCGCGCUCGCGCUCUAAUGGGAUUCGUCACCUACUUCGCCACUCUUCUUGCCUCGACACUCAUUAGUAGGUUCCUGGACUACCGUGGCCUUUCGAUCAGAAACCGAAUCAAGUACAGCUUUUUCUACGUGAUCGUCGUCCACAUCGUUGCCUGGGUCUACUGCUGGGUUAUCCAAGAAAAGUACACCAAGAACCCACCAACACUUGACUGGGCCGACAAAGGCUUUGUUGAAGGAUUCUUCGUUGUCCUGCUCUGGGAAUUCGCUCAGCAAUCACUGCAAAAUUUCCUUUACUACCUUCUCUCCACCAUGACCGACAACAUCUCCGAACUCUCCCGGUUGUCUGGUAUCCUCCGUGGUCAAGAGAGCUUUUCGCAGGCUGUCUCUUACGGCCUCAACUCGAAGAAAUGGCACGGUGGAAGAGUGCCACUUAUCGUCAACACCAUCCUUCUUGUUCUUUGCGUGUGGCCUACUUGGCUCGUUGUCAGGGUCCACGUUCCCAUCGAGCAUUCCAAGGAGGCCGCUGAAUUGUCCCAGGCCCAAGACGAGGAGCAGAACAAAGUUAGUCUCUCUGACAAGGAGACAUUUGUUGUUGCCGAGGCAGUUGCUUCGAAAUAG